AUGCUCCCCCUCGUCCUCGAGGCAUUGGGGGAACCCAUAGGGGAAGUACAUGGGGCCGUGGAGGCCAGUGCCCCAAAGUCCCUUCUGAUCUACGCAGCAGGGGCCAUGAUCACAAGACCAUCGCGACAGCACACAUGGAAUAUCGUUUGUGGCGACGCAAUCAGCACGGUUUGGGCCUCGCAGCGGACUGCAUCGCAGGCGAGUCACGAUCUGGGAUUCUGGGGAAUUGGGGAUGCUCGCACUGCUGCGCUCCGCUGCCAACCCUUCAACCCUGCACCUCACUCUGCGCUUCAAGACUCUACUCGGUUGGCAAGGGGCUGCGAGAUUCCAGCUUUGACACUCUCACCUUGCAACGGUCACCCCAGAACCCUUGCGACGUAUCGGUGUAGAGGCCCCACAUAUCGGGGUUCUUCAGGGGCGCGUAGCACUCCUGACACGGCCCUCCCAUGGUAUUCAUCUGGUUCGUGGACGUCACAUACCUGUUUUUCCUCUUCCAGAACAUCUCGCCCUACUUCUGGUCGAGCCUGGGGAUCGCCCUGUGUGUGGGUCUGUCGGUCGUGGGAGCGGCAUGGGGGAUCUUCAUAA